AUGAACCUUCUGUUGCAACCACCUAAUGUAGCAUCCGAGAAUCAAAGGAGCGAAGACGAAGUAGAACACGACAUCAAUUCCCAAUACACCUCGCACGAUGAUGGCGCCGAACGAGAGUACAAGUCGCCCGUGGGCAUGGAGGAGUAUAUUGCAUUACAGGAGGAGUUUACGUUGCUAUCUGAGGCUCAAAAUGACUUGCAGCAAGACUUUGAAUUGCUCAAUGAGUCUCAGAGUACACUUGUAGCGGAGCACGAUGAGCUGCAGAAGUAUGCCACACAACUCGAAACCGAGCUAGAUGAGUUCAAAGAGCAGAAUGCAGAGGUAGGCAAGCGAUGGGCCGCUUACGAAGCCAAACACACUGCAGUGAAAGCGGAGCUUGCCGCGGCGCAGAAACAGGUCGAGACAUAUCUGAAGAGCACAACGGAAAUGCGGGAGAAGCUUGCCACGGCGGAAGCACAGGAGCAGACAAAGACCUCGCAGGUGCAAGCGCUACAGAUCGAACUCAAAUCACUGAAUGAUGAGCUCACUACACUGGAUGAAGAGAAAGGGCGGCUUUUGGCCCAAGCUGCCAAUAUGUCCGGAGAGAAUAGCUCCGUGAAAGAGGCGAUGAAAGCGGAAGUCGCAAGCAUGAAACUGGCACUCGAAGCGGAGGAAAAGAAAGCGGUAGAGGCUCGCAAUGAGGUCGUCAUGCUGCAACUCAAGCUGGAAAGCGAGGCACAAGAAGCCACGACGGAGAUGGGAAGUCUGCACUAUCAAAUCGAAAAUCUGCAAGUUUCCAUCAAGGAUGCUGAUCGGGUAAACCGCACGAUACAACGAGAACGCGAGGAGAUACAGAAACAAUUCGAAGAGUAUAAGAAGCGUGCGGGAAAGAUCCUUCAGGAAAAAGAUGUGCUGAUUGGACAGAUGAAGUUCGGCGGUGCGGGGGGCGACUUGAGCAGCAGCGGGACGGGGAGUACUGUCGAUGCUCAGCGGGAUAUGGAGGCAUUGCGGUCGGAGCUGCUACAAUCGCAAAUACAGAUUAAGGAGUUGAGAUUUGAGUUGAAGAAUGUCGAGGAGCAGCACGAAAGAGAUAUGGAAGUUCAGGCCGACACAGCCGACGAAUUAGAAAGUGAACUAAGUGCUAUGAGGACUCAGAUGCACCAGUUGGAGUCACGUCAUUUGAAUACCAUAGAGGAGUACAAGAGCUCUCUGGCUGAAGCGAAUGCGGCCAAAUCAACCUUGGCGCAACAGUUGCAAACACAACAGUCCGAGACUGCGCAGAUGCAAGCCAGUUUCACCGCUGCUGAGCCCCGCACAGAGGCCCUUGUGGAACUGGAAGCGCGAAUGAACAACUUAACGGACCAGCUAAUCAACCAGCAGCAAGUGGUGGAGAGCCUCACCACGGCCAACGCUACACUGUCCUUACAACUGGAGUCCGAGAAAAAUAAGUAUACCCGCGAUGUGACCAGGAGGCAGGAGGAGGACGAAGCGAAUUCUCGAAAGAUUAGCAAGGAUCUCGAACGUGGAAGCACUGUACCGCGCCCAGUAUAUCAUGAUCAACCGCGAGUUGUUCGAGGUUUCCGAAGCCAGAAUGUCAGGUCGGCGACGGGUGCGAUAGAUGCAUUUAGUAUCAAAGCUGGACUUUUCCUGCUGCGGUACCCCUACGCUCGUAUUGGAUUCCUGACAUAUGCAGUACUUCUUCAGCUCUGGGUAGGAUUUAUAAUGGCAACAUACACGCCAGAAAUGCAUAGUCAUGGAGAGGCCGGGAGGUAGUACGCAAAUAGUGGACAUUCCGAGGAGCGUGUGAUAUGGAAAAUCUAGUGUGAAUGUCAAGCUAUCAAAUCAUAAAACCCAAUUAAAUAGUGUCCAAUCCCA